AGCUACCAGGCCGACUAGUGCGCCUACCGAAAUAGUCGGUCUGCUGGCAUCUUCACGCUCGACCGCUUCUACGACGGGCUCAACGCAGCAGACGUAGCACGGGCAGCCUCACACCCAGUCGCACUCGACAAUGCAACACUACAACAAUGGCCAUCCCAGCCUCCUUUGCACGAGGGCCGGAUUAACAUGCUGCCUUUGCGCUGUUGAAUUGGCUGGCGAUGCCCUCUCCAAGCCAACGUCGUCUCCGAACAGAGCUGUCCACCCCAAGCAAACACCGACGAGCUUUAUAGCCUCCGAACCGAGCCGUCCGCCCUUCAAGCCGACCACACAACUUUUGAAGGGGUCUCAUUCAAACGAAUCAAGGAAAAUACAAAUCAGGAUGUACCAGGCAUCCCGAGAUUUCGGUUUUGGCUUUCAUGGAGGACACCGCACUGUGUUGGGGCCUGGUCUUUCACGCCAAAGCUACCGUUUCCUGGGCUUGCCCAGCACGCAACCAACCGCCAACAACAGCACGCCGCCCCGAGGCGAACGUCGAUGUCACCCCAAUAGAAGCUGCUGGGUUUUGGAACGAUGAGCACGCAAUACCCACGUUCGUAGUACCCUCGUUCGUAGUACACUGUUCGAGCUAGAAGUCAUGGGAUACUAAUGGGAGGUGGCCAAUGGCUGGACUACGUACGUCUACAGCCCUGGCUUUGGCACGCUGCCGAGCCUGGGUGGGCACGCUGCCUGAGUCUGGACGGACACGCUGCUUAAGGCAGAAGCGUCUUCAAGGAGCUUAGUUG